AUGCCGGUCCCGCACCUCCGCCGCGCUUCCUUAACCAGCCGGUCAUCCGUGGACGACUCUCCCGGUAGUGGGGAGGAUGAGACCGUCGAGCCCGAUCAGGGAAAUGUCCUCUCGCAUAUCAUUUCGCAGCUCCGACCGGGCGCCGACCUGAGUCGGGUCGUCCUGCCCACCUUUAUCCUGGAGCCGAGGUCGAUGCUCGAGCGCAUUACCAACUUCAUGGCACACCCCGAAACCCUCCUCCCCAUGCCCACGAUCGACGAUCCCGUUGACCGCUUCGUCUCAGUCAUCAAGUUCUAUUUGAGUGGAUGGCACAUCAAGCCCCCAGGCGUCAAGAAGCCCUUGAACCCCAUUCUCGGAGAGACUUUUACUUGUUACUGGGACUAUCCUGAUGGAACGCGUGGAUAUUAUGUCUCGGAGCAGACCUCCCACCAUCCGCCCAAGUCGAGCUACUUCUUUAUGGCUCCCGAGCACCAUAUUCGAAUCGACGGCACGCUCAAGCCCCGCAGCAAGUUUUUGGGCAACUCUGCAGCGAGUAUGAUGGAGGGUAUUGCGAUUUUGCGACUGUUGAACUGCGGCCAGGAUAAGGAGAAGGGCGAGCGAUACAUCUUGACACAGCCCAACAUGUACGCGCGCGGCAUUCUAUUCGGAAAGAUGAAGUAUGAGCUAGGCGACCACAGUUAUGUGCGGUGCCCGGAGAACAACCUCGUGGCCGAUAUCGAAUUCAAGACCAAGGGUUAUUUCUCGGGUACAUAUAAUGCAAUCGGAGGCACGAUCAAGAACGAGAAGACUGGUGAAGUGUUAUAUGAAUUGUCAGGAUUGUGGAAUGGCGAGAUGCACAUCAAGAAUGUCCAUACUCACCAGAAGGAGGUUUUGUUCGAUGCCACACACGCCAAGCACUCGAAGCCUUCCGCACGCCCGAUCGAUGAGCAAGCAGAGCGCGAAUCGCAACGGUUGUGGGAACCCACGGUCAAGGCGAUCCUCGCGCAAAACCAUGUAGCUGCGACGGACGAGAAGACCAAGAUUGAAGAUCGCCAACGAGACGAGGCUGCCAAGCGCGUUGACGAAGGUGUCGAGUGGCGACCACGACUGUUCCGGGCUGUACACGGUGGCCCUGGCGGUCAAGACGAAGGCGAGGAAGACCUGGACUGGAUCAUCAAUGCCGAAGUCGACUCGCACGACCCUCAGAUCGCAACCAAGCAAAUCCUAGCCAUCGCGCCCAUCCUCGCAGGUCAGAAAGACUCAAGCCAAUUCCAGAUUCCGCCGCAUGCUUCCAAGCCGUCCACCUCUGCGACACCGGCGCUCCCCGAGCAGGACACGACAGCUAAUACCACGAGCGCAGCCUCAUCCACAGGAAACAACACAGCCGCCCCAAGCGUCGUCGAACGGAAAGAUACCGAAACGCAAGAGGUGGAUGAAUUCGUGGACGCAGAGGAAAAGCAGUAA